GUAAUCUCCUCGCCGCCAUCUUGAGUUAGGGCUCUGGCAUGAACAGUGAGUUCUGCGCAGCGGCUCGUCCUCCAGGAAGAGCCGACUUCUCCCAGUGUUGGGGCGGAUAGCAUCUUCUCUUCCCUCCUUCUUUCCUUCCUUCCACAAACUUGAGACCAGCGCCUAGAACAGAGUGCGCAAGGAAGGGGAUUAGCUUUGGAACGAGUUCAUCUGCCCGGCUCCAAAAUGGUGGGUGGGUGGCGGGCCCGUAAUCGGGCCUGGCCUUGUAAGCUGCCACGUGCGGUUCGCUAGGGCGUUGCUGGGAUGGUGGAGGAGUCCAGCGGCGUGGAGAGGCAGGGGCGGAGCCACGGCCCGACGGAGAGUAGGUACUUUAGCGGGGGCGGGGGCGAGAGGAGCCGCAGUCGCAGCUUGUCUCUUCCAUUCUCAAUCUUCGCUAUGGCUUCCGUUCCCGAGCUGCUGAAGCAGGAAGAUGACCGCAGCAAGUUGAGAUCCGUGUCUGUGGACCUGAAUGUUGAUCCUUCACUCCAGAUUGACAUCCCUGAUGCACUCAGUGAAAGAGAUAAGGUCAAGUUCACAGUGCAUACGAAGACCACCCUGUCCGUUUUUCAGAAUCCAGAGUUUUCUGUUACAAGACAGCAUGAAGACUUUGUGUGGCUACAUGAUACACUUACUGAAACUGAAGAAUAUGCAGGGCUCAUUAUACCACCUGCUCCUACAAAGCCUGACUUUGAUGGCCCCAGAGAGAAGAUGCAGAAGCUGGGGGAAGGUGAAGGCUCUAUGACAAAAGAAGAAUUUGCAAAAAUGAAGCAAGAACUAGAAGCGGAAUAUCUAGCUGUCUUUAAGAAGACUGUAUCAUCCCAUGAAGUUUUUCUUCAGCGACUUUCUUCUCAUCCUGUCCUCAGCAAAGAUCGCAACUUUCAUGUUUUCCUGGAAUAUGAUCAGGAUCUAAGUGUUAGGAGGAAAAACACUAAGGAGAUGUUUGGUGGCUUCUUUAAAAGCGUGGUGAAAAGUGCUGAUGAAGUCCUUUUUUCUGGAGUUAAGGAGGUAGAUGACUUCUUUGACCAAGAGAAGAAUUUCCUCAUCAACUAUUACAAUAGGAUCAAGGAUUCAUGUGCAAAAGCCGACCGAAUGACCAGAUCUCAUAAAAACGUUGCAGAUGACUACAUCCAUACUUCAGCCUGCUUGAAUAGCCUCGCUUUAGAAGAGCCGACUGUCAUCAAAAAAUAUUUACUGAAAGUUGCUGAGCUAUUUGAAAAGCUAAGGAAAGUGGAGGGUCGAGUAUCAUCAGAUGAAGAUUUAAAACUGACAGAGCUCCUCAGAUAUUAUAUGCUCAACAUAGAAGCUGCUAAGGAUCUCUUAUACCGACGUACAAAAGCCCUCAUUGACUAUGAAAACUCAAACAAAGCUCUGGACAAAGCCCGGUUAAAAAGCAAAGAUGUCAAGCUGGCUGAGGCACACCAGCAAGAGUGCUGUCAGAAAUUUGAACAGCUCUCUGAAUCUGCAAAAGAAGAACUGAUCAGUUUUAAACGGAAACGAGUGGCAGCAUUUAGAAAAAACCUAAUUGAAAUGUCUGAACUGGAAAUAAAGCAUGCAAAAAAUAAUGUCUCCCUCUUGCAAAGCUGCAUUGACCUUUUCAAGAACAACUAAGUUGCCUUUACUCUGAAUGAACCUGAAUGAACUGAAGAUGAAUGUGAAAACCAGCAUCAGUUGCACUCAAUUUCAUUAGCCAUGGAAGAUUUAUUUUUACUUUUGACUAAAACUUUAGGUCUAAAAAUUUAUAUAUGAAUAAAUAUUUUGCUUUCUGAGAAAUGACUAAUACAUAACCAUGUGUAAUUUUUUUUUUAAAUUUCUUUUGAGUUAAAUUGCAUGUAUGUUAUUUGGACAUAGCUAACCUUUCUGUCAAAUACAUUUAAUACCUCAAAGUGGACAGAGUACAAGUCCUAGAUUCUAAAUAAUUCUUUUAAAUGGUAAGGAGAAAGGUACCUGAAAAUGUGCCUGUUGGAGCAAAGCGUUAGAAGGAGAGUUUGGUACAAAAAUGUCCCAUUUCUUGUGCUCCCAUCCAGUUAAAAACUAAAAGUUGGAAUUAGGGGCUAAUUAUGUACAACAAAACAUUCUUCAGCUCAAGAAUUGAAUGACAGGUGUCCAAACAUUCCAUUCUUUAAUCACAUUUUUCCCCCUGUUAUUCCCAUAGUUCUUUGACCACCUGAAGUAUUUAUAUUAUAUUGGGAGAUCAAGGAUAUUUCAUUAGAUUUAUUUUUGUAAGUAAUCUUGUACAGUACAGGUUUUGUAGUUGGAAUACAAAUACACUUGGAGAAGAGAAAUUUUCUCCUAUUUAGAGUGUCACCAAUUUAGGAGGGGAGAGGAAAAUUCCUUAAGGGUAUGGAAACAGUUCAGUGGCCUAGUAUAUGGUAUAAUUGGCCAUAUUGAUUUUUUUUUAAACUACUCCUACCUCUUGGUAUGGAGGAACAUAAAAAUCCAUUUAAGAGAGGGCUUGUGUGUGUCUUUUUCUUUCCCUUUUUGUCUGUUUUGUUUUUUACACAAACUGGUUUAUUGCAAAAUGUAUAAUAAAACAUAAAGAGAAUACUUC